AUGUUCUCGUCCGCCUUCAAAUCCUUUACCUCUAAUAUAACGUCCAACUAUGAAGUGUCCAAACAGCCAUCCGCGACCGUAGGUGUCUGGACCGUUUUUGAUGCGAAGAAGAAGAACGGUGGCACCCAGGCCUCGGUAUUCAUCUUUGACAGGAAAUCGCUCGAUGUCACCAGCAGUGGGUUUGGAGCACGGGCUACGAGUACCACGUCGAUACGUAAAAUUCAAGAUGAAGUUGUCGAACGUUUAAAAAAGGAGGCUAGCAGUCUGGCUCGCCUCCGCCAUCCGUCGAUCCUGCAACUGGUCGAGCCCGUCGAAGAAACUCGCAAUGGAGGAUUGAUGUUUGCAACAGAGCCUGUUUUGUGCUCCUUAUCCGCUGCUCUGGCAAAGAAGGACCGGAAUGGCAAUGGAAGUGGCAAGAGUAUCUCACGGUCUCCGUCGAAUGAUCGAGCCACUUCUCGGGCUCAGCAAGACGUCGAAAUCGACGAGUUGGAAAUUCAGAAGGGGCUGUUGCAGGUCGCGAAAGGGCUGGAGUUCCUACACGAUUCUGCUAAGCUCGUCCACGGGAAUCUAACCCCGGAUGCCAUCAUUAUCAAUGCCAAGUCAGACUGGAAGAUCUCUGGCCUCGGUUUUGCUGGGCCGCCCGACGGAGCAGAAGGCCAUCAGACUGUUCCUCAAAUUUCACUCUCUGAAGUACUCCACUACGACUCUCGAAUUCCUCGGACGGUUCAAUUGGACCUCGACUAUACUUCUCCCGAUUUUGUGCUCGACUCGAACAUCAACUUCUCGGCCGAUAUCUUCUCCCUAGGCCUGGUUGUCCUUGCAUGCUACAGACAGCCUCAUAAGUCGCCGGUUGAAACCCAUGGCAACCAGUCAACAUAUAAAAGAAUCUUCAGCAGCGCGUCUACUGUCCCAACAGGCGCCAAUAACUAUCUUUGCGACGACGCCUUGCCACGGGAGUUGAAUGUCACGUUGCCAAGAAUGUUGACCAGGAGACCUGCACAGCGAAUGACCGCCAGUGAGUUUCAGCAAUCGCAAUAUUUUGACAAUAUUUUGGUGAACACUAUGAGGUUUUUGGACGCUUUCCCCGCGAAGACACCUGCUGAGAAAUCACAAUUCAUGAAAGGCCUCGGUCGAGUCCUUCCUCAAUUUCCGCCUUCCGUCCUGGGAAAAAAGAUCCUCAGUGUUCUUCUAGACGAGAUGAAGGAUCGGGAACUGUUGCCGCUCAUUAUGCAAAAUAUCUUUCUGAUUGUCAAAGUCGUCCCGUUCAGCAAAGAGCUCGUCUCGGAGAAUGUCCUGCCACGAAUGCGAGAGAUUUUCUUGUCCAAAUCGAAGUCUGAAGAACGGGAUAGUGGGAAAGAGGCUGCUUUACUUGCAGUUCUCAACAAUAUUCAACUCAUUGCUGACAAUUGCUCUGCGAAGAAAUUCAAAGAUGAUGUCUUGCCCAUUGUUCAUGUGGCCAUGGAGUCCUCUACCCAUUCCAUUACCGAUGCUGCUUUACAGACAUUACCGGUCGUGCUCCCUUUGAUCGACUUCUCAACGGUCAAACACGACCUCUUCCCUGUUGUGGCUAACGUUUUCAGCAAGACCAACAGCUUGACAAUCAAGAUUCGCGGUCUUGAAGCACUUGGGGUGCUUUGCGGCGUCUCACCCAACCAGACGGAGAACAAUAUCGACGAUUUUUCCGGGAAGGGUCAUCAAGAAAAGCAGGACAAAAAUGUUUCCAGCUUGGACAAGUUUACCAUGCAGGAGAAGAUCGUCCCUCUCUUGAAAGCUAUCAAAACAAAAGAGCCAGCAGUCAUGAUGGCGGCUCUCAGGGUGUUCCGACAAAUCGGUGCCGUUGGAGACACUGACUUCUUGGCCAUUGAGGUGAUGCCAAUUCUUUGGAAUUUUGCCCUGGGCCCUUUGCUUGACCUUUCCCAGUUCAGAGCGUUUAUGGACGUCAUCAAGUCUCUCUCGAGUAAAAUUGAGCGCGAACAGAUUCGCAAAUUACAGGAGCUCUCUUCGAGUCGGGCUGCAGAAUCGAGGGCCGCAUCCUCUUCACACCAACAGAUCGGCAACGGCGUCCAUCAAGCUAAUCAGGUCGCGAGCACAGAAGACGACUUUGAGAAGCUCGUUCUCGGAGACAAGAAUGCUGAUAAGCCCGAUGUCUUCGCGGGUGCCCUUUCCGAUGGCCAAAAAUUGACCCCAAAUCCGCCUUCCUUCUCGUGGGCUCCAAUAGCCGCCACGGCGAGCACCAAUACACUGACACACCAAAUGUCUCCUUCAUUGCCCGUUCUUCAACCGCAGCCUUUAUCUCGCUCGAUCACCCCGGACGUCACGGCCUCGGCGUUCCCAAGUCUUCAACCCACCCAACCAUCAUCGACGUCCAUUUGGGGGACAUCUUCACCUCCGCCUGUGCCCUUGCAGAGUCAGCGUCAGGUGCCGCAACCGUCGAGUUAUCUCUCUAAUCCUACAACCAGCAUGUCUCCGCCGACGACAUCAUCAAAUGCGACGUGGCAACUCCCACCGCCUCCGGGAGCACAAGGGCCUUCUAAUCCGGGAUUUGCGCCCAUGAUAGCUCCGCCUCCUGCAGGCAACAGUCAGGGGCUUGCUUGGCCACAGCCGAAUUACAAUAAUUUCGGACUGUCCUCACAGCCGGGACCUAGGUUUGGUGCGUCGAUGAACGUGUUGCAGCCGCAGAGAGCUCAGCAGCAAACGCCUCAACAGCAGAAAACAGGACUAGACAAGUACGAAUCUUUACUCUGA